UUACAAUUAGAAAACAAGAUAAAAGAGCAAAGACACUAACAGAGGAGGAGGAGAACCAGGACUACAGGUGCACCAAAAGACUUCCAGGGUUAUUUGUUUUUGUUUGUAAUGACGUUUGGUGACUACUUGAUUUGGACAUUCAUCUACCUCAGCAGCUCCUGUCGGAAAACUGUGGAUCGGAUUCCAGCCGGCACUCUACCUCCAACAUCUCCCGUCCAGCAUGGAAGAUGACAGGGACAGACAGAGCCACGGAGCCAGACAGGCCCCCAACGUCAAGCCCAAACUCAGCCAGACAACAAGUAACAGCAAGGAGAAUCAGUGGAAGAAGGAGAAGCCUGUGAAAGUGAGGAGAUCGAGGAGUUCCGACUCGGAGAGGGUGGAAAGAGGCAGGAGGAGAGAACGGGAGAGGCACCAGGGAGAGAGGAGGCAGCGGGGGAGGAGUGAGGAGGCCCGGAGACGUGACAGGAAAGACGGAGAGAGCGACCGCAGGAGGGUGAAGCCCCCUGAAGAUGAUGUGGAGGACACCGAGUGCGCCGUGUGUUUCUGCACGUACGACAAUGUCUUUAAGACCCCCAAGCUGCUGGCGUGCGGGCACACCUUCUGCCUGGAGUGCCUCGCUCGCAUCAACGUGAACUCUGCUGAGAUCAAGACCCUGUCCUGCCCGGUAUGCCGUGAGCUGACCGAGCUCCCCCACGGCCAGGACCUGCCCCGCCUGGGCAACAAUCAGGACAUCAUAGGCAAACUCCCACCAGAGAUGCAGAGGGCCCUGUCCAUCCGCUUCAAGCGCAGUAAGGGCAAACUGCUCCUGAAGAACCCUCCUCUCAGCAGCCCCACGACGACUAAUGCCCUCAGCCUGCCUGUAAAGAAUCAGGAAAGCCAGGUGACAGCAGUUGGUCACUUGAACGCGAUGGAGCAGGGAAUUUCCCCAGCCACAGUGGUUGAUGUAGGCAGGCCUCCAAACAGGGUCAGAGGUCGCCUGCGCAGGUUGUUUCGCUCGGACCGGUGCUACUACGCCGUGGUGGGGUCCAUCAUCACCAUCACUGUGGCGCUCAUGCUGGUGGGGAUUCUGGCCUUUGUGAUCAUACCCAAUGUGACCCUUAACCGGAGGCCCGUUCGCCCAGUAAACCAAACUGGUAACCCAGGAAGUGGAGGUGCAUUCACCCCAGACACAAGACCCUGAUGAGGCAGGCGGGAGAGAACACCACUCUUGUAUUCUCAGCGACCCCUUUGCCUCCUUUUUCUUUUUGGUGAGUCAUGGUGAAGAUAAAAUGAAGCACUGGUACGUAUUUGAGUUGGCUAAUGCACAACGAAGUGAAGAAAUGAAGGAAAACAAGGACAGCAACAUUUUUUAAACAAAGGGAUGUGUCUUUUGUCUCGGCUCAGUGUUGCACGUACUGGAAACCGAGUGAUCUUGAUCUUGUUUGUAAUUGCUGUGAAAAGCUCAAAGCAUCGUAUAUGUAAGGAGCCUGUCGAUAAUGAUUAAUAAGCUGUAAAAGGUUGAAAUGCACUAAACUCUGUCAUGAAAAGACUCCAUUAUCUUUAUCCUCAUUAUCUGAUUGCCCCGGGCUGAUUUCCAAAAGCAGUUCAGGGUUUCUUAUAGUUCUUAUAAAUUUUGUUAAUAGACCAACUCUUUGUACAUAACUAUAGACGAUUUAUAUACUUGUAAAUAAUUCAUUUUCACCACAAUGGCUUUUAUUUCCCAUGAUAUAAAAUAAAGUAUUUUUGAGACAUUGAAAACAUGUGAUCACUAAUCUAUUCUAUAAAAUAAUCUGGAUGUAUUUGUUAUGUUGGUUUUGAACAGUGAGUAACUUGCUUCUACCGGCUUAAAACUUGCCUGAUGACACAGUAGGGGAACUUCGUGUUCAUUUUUACAUGAUGCGUGGCCUUUGCUGAGUCAAAAACAGAUCUGCUGCUUCUGUGAAACCUGCAUGCUUCCUCAGACACCUGAUACCCUCUAGUGGUGUAAACAGACCAGUUAGCAGUGGCUUGAAAACUGAACGUGUCUCAAGGCUCCUCACACUGACAAACCUGUUUGACAGCGUUACCUGUUUCGUCAUGUGUUUAUAUUAGUCUGUGUUAUAACAUAUUUGGUGUGGUUUGGGCUAAAUAAAUGACAUGCAGGUCAUUAACGUGAAGAGCAAACUGCAGAAAUGACAUAAGAGGAAAGUGUUAACUGAUGAGUGAUAAGUGACUGACAUCAAACUUAAAGAGACAGAAGAAAGAGGACAAAUGCUGUUUAGGGCGGUAUAUUUUGAAAUAACGUGUAUGUAACACAGAUAAACACACGUUUCAAAGAAUCAGAUCUGUUUAACUUGGAGUUUUACUUUUUCCAACACUGCAUAAAGACACACCCACCUGAUAACCUCCCUCUGGACUUUCGAGGCAAAUAUGGUCGCAUGGGCAAGAGCAGAAAAGACCCCCACCACCACCUCCUCCUCCUCCGCCUCCCCCAGUCCACUUCUUACGCAAAUUAACCUUUAUGCGUUAUGUGACUGCUUGUAUGGAGGCUGGCCACUAGGAGAAAACAGAAGACGGUCUGUUGUGGAUAUCAUCAACCACAAUGGCUUCCACUCCAUCCGCCUCUGCCUUGUCUGCUGUUCUCCGGUGUCGGGGUAAUAUCUGGACCAGGAAUCCGCCGACCAAGCGGCCUGCCACUUCGGUUUACAGCCUCGGACUGGCCGGCGGGGUUGUGCGCGACUCGCCAACUGAGCACAGCCGGUCAAACCAGGCGUCAGUCUGGGAGGCUUUUCUCCAAGCAGAGCGUGUUUUGGUGGGGAGAAGACUGGCCAUGGAGUAUAAAUCGCCCCGGUUGGAUGGUAAAGUGCCGAGAGAAAAAGAUUCCAGGGAAAUUAAUAAAUUAUGUCACCCAAAACUUUCGCAAUCCCCCCGGGACGCGCACUCACAUGUGCCUGGUGUCCAAAAUGCAAUGGUGGGUCAACUGGCGCGCAGACUGACACAUAACCUGCUUGGAGUCGACACAGUUUCCCAAAUUAUUAGACAAGAAACGCAUGCUGCACGCGUCUGUAAAAUAGUGUUUAUUCGGGAAAUCAGUAAAUUUCCAGCUGGUGUUUUAAAAGUGUCCCUAACGUCCCCAUGCUGGAUUGAAAAUGUAGGGCAAAUGCCGCCUUGCGUUUUAACUGGCUGGUCAGCACUGAAGAGCACCUGUUUGUCUCUGACUGCUGUGGUGUCAGAAUUUGUGUUUUUGAAGCUGGCGGUUUUGUGUAGGUCCAGUAGAGACCCUGCUGAUGCGCCACAGCAUCUGCUGAGCCAGCAGGAUGAGAAAAACAUCACAAACGAUGCAAUGCAGGCAAAUGGACAAAUCCACAGUCCCACUGACAUAACAUCCCCCAAGGACGGGAAGUCCGGGUCUGGACAAAAGAUAACAGAAGACACACCUGACUGAGAGAAGCCGAGGCCUCGGCUUCAAAGAUUUCACAACGUGAUCAAACAUUGUUGACUUUUGCUUGGCUCUCACAAAACACAGCCAACAUUUGGACUUCAACCCAAAAAAACAACUUGUUUUUUCCAGAACACUUUCUGUAAGCUAUUCAAGGAAAAGUCUGCAAAACUGUAACAAGAAAUGUCUGUGAAACAAUAAACACAUGUCUUGUUUA